CGUUAGGAGUACAAUCCUCCUCAAUCAACGGCGGCGGAUAAGAGCUUUUGGAGAACUCACCUGGCCACUACUACUUCCCCGUCUACGACGAUGAUCGUGCAAGACCAAAGAAGACUCUCGUUCUAGCUCCAAUCAACUUCUAAGAAACAGAGUCUCUUCAUUCUCUGUUUCCUUAAUUCUCAAAAAGUAAGUAACAUGAACACUGCGAUUCACAACGGAUGGAGAGCUUCCGUAGCUUCAGAAUCUCCAAGAAAGAUCCUUCCUUUGCGUAGAUCCUACCUUAACGCAAUCCCCAGGGAGAGGAUCCAUUUGGGUAGUCAUGUUCGUAGAGCAAUUGUAAUUUCGAGUUCAAAGAAAGCCAAUCUCACUGCUUCGAGGAAGCAGAGAAUCAAUCUACAGAGUAAUAGAGAAAAGGAGCUCACUUUCAGUGAGUUCUUGAAACACCCUUCUGGCAUGGAGGCUGUGAUCAACGCCAAAGCUUUGCAGAGUUAUCAGUUAGUCGAUGGUGAUGACAAUACUUACAGAUGUACAUUGCCAACAAUUCAGUUAAUGAGCUUUGAAGUUUCUCCAGUACUGGUUUUGAGGGUUAUUCCCACACAGGAAGAUUGUACAGUCGAGCUGCUUUCCUGCAAGUUGGAGGGGUCAGAGUUAUUGGAGAACCAAAGUGAAAUGUUUUCAGCGAUUAUGACAAAUUGCAUGACCUGGAACAUGGAAGAUCCAGAGCCGUUUUUGGAGGUUGAUGUGAGCUUGAAAGUCACUCUAGAGAUCUCAACACGACCAUUCACUAUGCUUCCAGUAUCAGCUGUUGAGGCUCCUGGGAAUCUAGUGAUGCAGACACUUGUAGAUACAUUAGUGCCCCUUCUGCUUCAGCAAUUACUCAAAGAUUAUGACGAAUGGAUUCAAAAGCAGCAACAAAAAUUCUUAAACUAGGCUUGUGUACCAAUGUUGUAAACACAGCUUCUUGAUCUACUUAUUUACCAAUGUUGUCAAAUGGAAGUUAUGGGAUUAGUUCUGUUUUAGCCGUUUGAGACGAUAUACAUAUGUGUAAAUGGCUAUGUAUUAAUAGUGCAGAGGUAAAGCUAUUACUGAUGAA